CAAAAACGAUACAAACUGAAAACGGAGAACCAGAUUAGGGUUCUUUCCGGAAAUUCUGUAUUGCGGUCACUCUCUCUCUCUCUCUCUCUCUCUCUCUAGGAUUAGGGUUUUAAGUGGGCUAUUGUUCUCUCUCAUCAUCAGCUUCAAUGGACAAAGUGACCAUUCUGUUGAUUAAUCUUGCUGCUGCAUUUGAUGAUCAAUCUUUCUGAGUUGUGUGAUAUUUUGUAAUUCUGUAAAAUGGGUGAGACUGGAAAACGAUAUCAUUCACAGAGAGACCAUGACGGGGACAGAAAAAAUCAAAAGAGACGGAUGAACGACAAAAAUGAUAAGAGCAACGAUGAAUUGAUUGUUUAUAGGAUACUAUGUCCUGUUGAAGUUAUUGGGAGCGUUAUUGGGAAGAAUGGGAAAGUGAUAAAUUCAAUAAGACAGGAGACUAGGGCAAAAGUCAAGGUUGUGGAUCCAUUUCCUGGUGCUAAGAAUCGGGUUAUAACUAUCUACUGCUAUGUUAAGGAGAAGGAAGAUAUUGAGAUUGAUAAUGAGUUUGAUGAUAGGAAACCUUUAUGUGCCGCCCAAGAUGCUCUUCUCAAGGUUCAUGUAGCUAUAUUGAAUUCCAUUGAAGCUCUUGGAGAUUCUGAUAAGAAACGAAAGGAUAGAGAUGAAUGCCAAAUUCUUGUUCCCUCAAGCCAGUCUGCAAAUAUCAUUGGGAAGUCUGGGGCUACCAUUAAAAAGCUGAGAAGUAAGACAAGAGCAAAUGUCAAGGUUACUGCCAAGGAUGCCAACGACCCAACACACUCAUGUGCUAUGGAGUUUGAUAAUUUUGUCUCGAUCACUGGUGAAUCAGAAGCAGUUAAAAGAGCAUUAUUAGCAGUUUCUUCUAUUAUGUACAAGUUUGGUCCCAAGGAGAACAUCUCUCUCGAAACAACUGUACCAGAAGGCCCACCCAGUAUUAUCAUUCCCUCCGAACUUCCAAUUUUUCCGCCCGGUGGACUGUAUCCAGCUUCAGAUCCUACAAUCCCGUCCAGACAUGUUCCUCAAAUUUUAGGCGCAACAAAUGCACAAGAUCUGCAAGGAUAUGCUGAUGCAGGAAAUACAUGGCCUCUGUACACAUCUGCCCUUCCAGUAAUGUCUGGUAUUGACGCUUCUCUGUCUGAGGAGUUAACUAUUAGAAUGUUAUGCCCCUCUGACAGAAUUGGGCGGGUCAUAGGGAAGGGAGGGAGUACAAUUAAAAGUAUAAGGCAGGAAAGUGGUGCUCGUAUUGAGGUUGAUGAUUCCAAGGCUAAUCGGAACGAGUGUUUGAUCAUUAUAACUGCAACAGAGUCGCCUAGUGAUCUGAAGUCCAUGGCUGUUGAAGCUGUUCUGCUGAUACAAGGGAAGAUAAGUGACGAAGAUGAUACCUCAGUGUCAAUUCGGCUUCUAGUUCCAUCCAAAGUGAUAGGUUGUAUUAUUGGUAAAAGUGGUUCGAUCAUAAAUGAAAUUCGGAAGAGAACUGGGGCAGAUAUUCGAAUCUCAAGAAAUGAUAAGCCAACACGGGCAGAUAUCAAUGAUGAACUUGUUGAGGUGGGUGGUGCUGUUGAUUGUGUAAGAGAUGCACUAAUCCAGAUUAUCCUAAGACUCAGAGAUGAUGUAUUGAGAGAAAGGGACAUUGGCCAUAAUCCUUCUACAGGUGGUGAAUCUUUCUACCCAAGUGGUGCUGGUCUUUCAUUCCCAUCUAUGCUGCCUUCAGUUCCUUCUGUUGCUGCUCCACUGGUUUAUGAUCAAAGGGCUGAAGGUGCAACGGGCCUAGGCAUGCUUUCUUCAAGCAGCCUUUAUGGAUAUGGAUCUUUGCCGAUGGGGGAAAGUGGCUAUGGAUCUUUAUCUUCAUAUGCUACCAAUCUUUAUGGAGGUUUGCCUCCCCAAUCAACUCUGGAAAUGUUGAUUCCUGCUAAUGCUGUUGGUAAAGUGUUGGGUAAAGGAGGGGCUAAUAUAGCCAAUAUCAGGAAGAUUUCAGGAGCAACAGUUGAGGUUCCUGACACCAAAUAUGCCCGCGGUGAUCGUAUUGCCCUGAUAUCUGGCACGCCUGAACAAAAACGUGCAGCUGAAAACUUGAUCCAGGCAUUUAUUAUGUCCACCUGAAUUCUUGAUCCAGGCAUUUAUUAUGCCCACCUGAAUUGUAGAAGUUCUUUCUGGAGUGGUUUUGAAGGUGAAAAGUUUAAUUCUUGAAGCAUGUCCUUAUUCCUCUCUCUAUUUCCGUUGAGUUAGUCAGUUGGUCUUGGAGAGACAAUAUUAUCUAGGGUUCUUCAACUUGGAUCCUGCUUCUUCCAUAUCAGUGGCUAACAUGAUUGUGCUUGAUAAUCCACUUCUGGUUUUGUAUGUAGGAAUAAUAGUUCCAUUCCUUUUUAGUUUCUUUAUCUUCUCUCAUCUGUGUUUUAUCUUAGAAAUCUUGGAUCUCUCUGUCCUUUCAUAAUGUUUGUCUUUGACUACUGUGGAGUCAUCUCUAAUUAUUUUCAGAGGAACCAUGAAGCGGUUUUUAUUUUGUUUCUGGUGGCUCACCCUCUUAUACUCCUUUCUUGCUGAAAAUAUCUGCCAUAAUAAUGCAAAGAGAUGCAGAGUCUCUACUUAUCUCCAUUGUCUGUAUCCUUGGUUAUGCAAAGUAAUUUGGUCAAGUGGGGAAAUUGCCCCGAGAAUCUGAAGGAUUUCAGAGUACUCUGGAUCAUUAUCUUCCCUCUUAUUCUAUUUCUAUAUCUUUCAAUCCUGUCAUGCAUGAUUGUAUUUGCAACUAGAUAUAACCAUUGUCUUGUUACCUCACCAACCGUGAUUCAUUAUAUACGUAAAAAAAUGCUAUAAGUCAGGUCUUAGUUUGUCAAAUAAAAGAAAAUCAUUUAUACUGAGAAAAUAAAUACAGAGAGGUAGGAGGAUACUUUGUCCUCGUCCAAUCUGGUUUAUGAGAAAACAUAAAAGAAUACAAAAAGCUUCAUGAAUUGGUGUUGUCAUUGAUCAUAGACUAUUAGAUGGAUGAGUGAUAUCAUCCUCUUACCUAUGACUUAGCCAACAAUCACCCUUGAACACGAGAGACUUGCAAUUUUUUCUGCCAUAUAGCACUUCUCAUACUUUUAUCUGAAAACCGUCUGGAUUUUAUCUGUAACUUGUGUUCAUGUUUUCACUUAUCUGUCUUGUGAUGGAUAUCAAUCGCUUGGCACUCAAAGAAAUACUUGCUUCCUGCUACAAUUUUUAGGGGCAAGACCACAAGGUAUCCACCCUGAGUGUGAGAUUGUGUCUGGUUGGUCUUGGCCAGACCCCACAUGGAGCUCAGUUUAUCAGCUGAACCAGACCCCAUAGUUGCUGACUUUCUCAUUAGUGUAGCAAUCUCUUCCAAUAUAAUUCAAAAUGAUUUCAUUAGAUUCCGUAAAUUCUAUAAGGGUUAAAAUUCAUUAAUGAUCUCUCUCUCUCUGCUGCCAUCAAUUAUGUAUUGUCUAUUUGUCCUGUUUAUAACAUAUUAAUAUCUCAACUAAAUUUGGAUUAGAGUUAACGGUGUUUGGUGACCUGGAGAAUAUCCUGCUCUAUUUUCAGCAAUUUCACCCAAGCAAGAGUAAAAUCUUUUUGCAUUAGCCUGGGUUUAUUCAGAUAUUGCUUUCUGUAUAAUAUCACUAUUUUUAGGAUGCAUCAGAUAGUCUUAUUUCAGCAUCAUUUCCCUCACAUUCAUACCAUUAUAUUCUAGUGAAACAUUGCCUCAUCCAGAUUUUUUUUGAGGCAUCAAUAUUACUCGUUUAUUUGUUUCAAUGUCAAUGCGCUCAAAACUCCCGUUCUCUUUUAAAAUGUGAUGGAGUUCAUUCUGUAAUGCUCAAACUGCUUUAAGGAUUUCCUAUUGUCUCCACAAACCAACAUGAGUCUUUCAAGCAUGUUUUGUCAUCGCUCAUGCUUUAUGGAAAACUUACCAUAAGUCACCCAUCCAAGGAGUGCUUCAAGUGAAACACACUUAAUUGUGGAGUUCUUAUGUGAUGGGCCACCGAAAAGAAGAUGCAUCUUGUUGGUAUACUAGUAUUAAUCAAUCCUUAUAAAUCUUCCUUUAGUUGUGUAGUCCCUUAAUUACAUGGCCUCCGGAUCCCUCUCAUUCUGACAUGAUUUGGUUCAUUCAUGUUUUCCUUUAACCUAGAAACAUCCCAAGAGCCGCUCAUUGUAUGUGCCUUGUGCACCGGCGAUCACUCUAUGCCUCGUCGGCGUCACACAUUCAAUCUUUCUUUCUAUAAUAUGCAACUAAGCAGAUAUUCAUCUUUCAUACUUGUUAUAAUCCUUUUUUUUUUUUUUAUCCUUUUUUUUUUUUUUUUUUUUUCUUUUUUUAUGUGUCCAAGGAUAUGCCGCCACUAUGGUUGUUGAUUAGUUCUCUCUUUGGUUUAGGUCACUAGAUUCUCGAUAAGUAUAAUCUCCUACUCUUACUGUCCAUUCUUUUCUCUCGAGCUUUGUGCUAUCAUUCUGAUCAGUAAGGAUGAUUUUGUGGAUAUAGUUAAUAGAUUGUUUUCGUGCUGUCAAAUAUUGUCUUGGAAGUGAAUCUGUCCAUUAUUUGUGAGAGUAGAAGCAUACUGAAAGCUAAUGUUAGAAAUGUACUUGUUAGUUCUUAAUAUUGUAUGUAAUCACACUUUCAUCUUGCACGUUAAGUAGUGUAAGCAGUAGACAUUGUACAUACAGCUUCAUGACUGUCAUGUCAUGUCAUCAAUACGUGUAUCAUAUAAUAAAUAUACAUUAAACCAUAAUUCAUAAUUGGUUCCAUCCUUUCUUA